UUGCUUGACCGGUUGACGUACAUGUUGACUCGAUCAAGCUUCUGCUGGCAUUCUGCCCGGGAAUUUGCCGCUUUCUUUUCAGGAAAGAAGCUCUUAGCUCAUGGAACCAAAUCUGUUGUGAUAGCUGAAAAGUGAUGGAUGAAUGAAACGGCCUUCUCCUUCUCGCAGUAGGCCAAUUGUAGGUCACAAUGGGAGUUCAAGGAUUGUGGCAAUUGGUUGAAUCAACUGGAAGGCCUGUCAAUCUGGAAUCACUUGAAGGCAAAGUGCUUGCUGUUGAUGUAAGUAUUUGGUUGAACCAGGCUGUUCUAGGUGUCCAUGGUAGCGGCAUCACUAAUCCUCAUCUUCAGGUCCUGUUCAACCGCAUCUGCAAGCUCCUCUUCUAUCGGAUCAAACCAAUCUUUGUCUUUGAUGGAGCCCCACCUCAACUCAAGAAACAAACAUUGGCUGCUAGACGGCAAAGGAAGGAUCUCGCUGCUGCUAGGACAGAGAAGACCACGGAGAGACUUGUUACUAACUACCUCAAAUCACACGCCAUCCAGGCUGUAAUUGAAGAAAGUGGUGAGGGUACCUCGAAGGAAUUGCCUCCCCUGCAUAUCCCAAGAAAGAAUGAAACUGAUUUAUUUGAGCUUCCACCAUUGCUGUCAACUGAUCUUCAAGAGAGGAAUAGUGGAUCCGAGGAUGGGGAUGAAGAUGGUGGUAUUUCCGUUGCCAUGGCAGCCCAUGAAGCUGAGAUGGCUUCUACCUACCAAGACUUGGGAGAGGUGGACAUCGAGUCAGAAUCCUUCAAGGCUCUACCCAUCGAAGUCCAACAUGAACUGAUCAGUGACAUCCAGGAGUCCUCCAAGAAGAAUUCCUGGGCCAGGAUGCACCAGUUACCCAAGGCAUCUCAAGAUUUCUCCCAGUACCAAGUCAAGAAGCUUCUUAACAAGAGUAAGCUGAGUUUGAGACUCGAUGACCUCAGGAAGGAAAUGAGAACCAAGAUGUCACUGUCUAUGACCGCAUUACUGGAUGCACAGAAUGAAAGUAGUCAGGUAGAUGCAGGUCGUGUAGCCUCCGAAGACACCCAGCACUACAUCCUGAUGCGGAAGGGAAACAAACGUGAUGAAGAUUCCGAGAAUGAAAGCGAUGAUGACAUCGUGGUAGCGUCCUACGCCGAGAGGGCUGGCUUUUCAACGAGUAUGGAUCUCAAGAUGGCAAAGGCAACAAGAAAACGAGGGGCUGUAACCACCGCAGCAACCAAAGCAGCAUCUUCUAAAGAUGUCAUUGAGGUUGUCCUUGAUGAGGAUUCCAUCCCUGCAAGAAAAAAGAGGAGAGAUGAUGUGAUUGGGAGUGAGGAAGACAAGGAAAGGACUAGGUGUGAAGAUAAGGAAAGCAAGGAUGAGGCUUUGAGAGCAGAACUGAAGAAAUUCUUUGAUCAGCUUGAUGCCAAGAUAUCACCAACAAAGGUAAAGGAGCAGGAAGCCGGUUCUACAGUACAUAACCUUGAUGAAGAAGUGCCUUUUGAAAACGUAUUUACCUCAACUCCAGAAAUAUCAGUACAACCUGGACAGGAACAAAGCUGUUCUCAACCCGAGUCAACAAAAAUCAUCAAGGAUGAAAGAACAUUAAAAAUCCCUGAGAUAGUUAGUGAUAGUUCUGCAAAGAUUGAUUUGACUUUGAAGGAAGAAAGACAGGAAAGAAUAGAAGAUGAGCCUUUAGAACUUGACAUUUGUGGUCCUUCAGGCCAGGAUCGUCUUUCUCAAGAACUGUCAAAGGCAGCCAAGAGUGAUAGAACGAAGGAAGUCACAGAGGAAAUGCAUCAGACAAUAAAAGAGAAAUAUGAAAUGCACAGUGGUAAGAAUAGGACUAACCCUGUGGAAGAAUUAGGGAACACUGUAGACUUGGCUUCAAAGACUGCAGAGAGGACUAUCACUAAUCCAUCAAUAGCUGGUCCAGGCAAGCUAAUCAGGGUUGCCGAUACGGCUACGACCCAAAGGCAAGAUAUCCUGAAGCAACUCCAGAAGAAGAAAGAGGACAUGAAGAACAUGCUAAAAGCCUUUGAGAGUCGGAUGAGUGACUUUGACAUUCCAAUUGUUCCUGAUGAUGAUUUAGCAUUUGAUGACAAAAUUACACCAGGGAUUGACAAAGAAACCGAUAAUCCUUUAAAGUUAAGUGAUGACACUGGAAGAACGAUUUCUACAUGUGUUGAUAGAGUUUCUCUUGGGGAUGAGGUCAAAGAAAGUAAUGGCUCAACAACUGUUCCAGUUCCAGUUGAUGGAAAGGCAGUUCUAGAUGUGACCACUAGUGCAAAGCCUUCUAGUGGAGUAGAAGUAGGUCCAAAGACAGUUCUUUCAGCAGAUGCAGACACAAGAGCAAAGACUGCAUCUGGUGCAGGGUCUGUUCAAGUUGAUGUCACCAGUGCAAAGACUGCAAGUGAUCCUGGUGCUGAUGCAGGGGUCACUGCUAAAAUUGGUGCCAACGCGGAAGUCGACAAGAAGGAAGAACUUGAUCCAGGAAAGAGGGUUGUUGUUGAGAUCACGCUUGAUAGGCCCUUGCAGGAGAUUGGACAAAAAGCGAACUCUGACGGUCCUGUUUCAUCAGAUCUCUCAUUUAUGACAAGAACCUCACUCGAUUCAGAAUGGACAUCAACACCUUACCAAGUGGAUAGCGAUGAUGAUGUCCAGCGUGUCUACAUGCAAGAAUCUGAUCAGGAACCUGAGAUAGAUGAAUGGCAGGGAUUGUACAUGGAUAAGAUGAAUGAGAUGGAGAAGAAGCUCCACGCUGAAAGAAUUGCUCUCGAGAAAGCAAGGCGGAAAGAUCAGAAGAAAUCAUACUCCAUUACAGACACCAUGUAUGCGGAAAGUAAGGAGAUGCUUCGAUGCUUUGGAAUUCCUUACAUCGAGAGUCCCCAGGAGGCUGAAGCUCAGUGUGCUUUCUUAGAUCUGACCAAUCAGACGGAAGGUACUAUAACAGAUGACAGUGAUAUCUGGCUGUUUGGUGGUCAGCGAGUCUUCAGGCAUUUCUUCUCCAAGAAGAAGGACCCGGAGUACUUCAAGGUUGGAGACAUUGAAAGGCAUCUCUUGCUGGACCGUAAGAAGCUGAUCAACCUUGCCUAUCUUGUGGGCAGUGAUUACACCCUUGGUAUCCAAGGCAUCGGGUCAGUGGGCGCCAUUGAGAUCAUGGGCGAGUUCAAAGGUCAAGGCAUAAAGACUCUCAAGGAUUUCAAAUCUUGGUGGACCAGAUCACAGAACCGGGUCUUGCCAUCAGGAAUGAAUGCUGUCAGGUCUAAAUGGUGCAAGCUGGUCCUACCGGAUGAGUUCCCAAAUCCUCUAAUUGCCAAGGCCUACAUGAAUCCAGUCAUCGAUGAAUCUGAUGAAGGCUUCCAAUGGGGAUCCCCUGAUCUUGGUCUACUCAGAGAGUAUGCUCGUGAGAGAUUUGGUUGGAUGAGGACUAAGGUUGAUGAAAACCUCCUCCCAGUCUUGAAGCGGCUCAAUGAGAAACAGGUUCAAAGCAAGAUGACAUCAUUCUUUGGCAUCGUUCACCAUGGUAACAGGAAGAAGAUCGCCAGCAAGCGAAUGAGGAAUGCUCUGAUGCAGAUGGAGAGAUCAUCAAGUGAAGAGGACGAGGAGGAGAGCGAGAGUGAAGAAGAGGAGGAGAGAAGACCAAAGAAAAGGAAAAAGGUUUCUUCCGAAGCUGGGAAGAAAAGAGUGAAAAGAAAGAAGAAGCCCGCGCAAGGUGCUCAGCAAGGAGGAAUGGGUGAAGUUCAGCAGAAAGUGAAGAAGAGAGUUAAGCGGAAGAAAAAGGUAGCACUCAACCAGGAGGAUGAAGAGCCAAUGCAAGAGCUGAAUCAAGGCAGCGUUCAGACGAAGAAUGCUCCAAAGUCUCCUGUGAGUGAAAAGGAGAAAGUGUUAAGCAAAAAGAGUAGGGUGCAGAACGGGAAGACUGCUGAAACCAACUCGAACGGAAGAGAAAAGCGUCAAGUUCCUCAGGUGGAUUACGCCGCGAUGAUGGAUGACUACGAUGAGGACAUUCCUGAUGAAGUCCUCCUGGACGUCGCGGAGGACAUGGAGAUGGCCGCGUUGAUGGACGAACCAAGAAGUGGUCAUAACGUGACCUAUGACCUUAGGAAUAUCAGCAACAGUUCCAGCUCUCAACCAAAAUCAGGAUCUCAUAACUCUAGCUUGGAUAGAGAUUUUGUGGAGGAGAGGAGGGGUAAAGGAAGGGGCGGGGCAGUACCAAAGAUAGGUGGUGGUACACAGCGGGGGAAAGGAAAGAGGGGAGGGGCAAACAAAGGGAAAGCAUUGUUGAAGAGAAGGCCUGUCCAGAUGAAUGGACCAAACCUCUCUUCCAGUGGCUCUGACUCGGAUUGA